AUGUUCCCCGGACCAGACCAUCCCCAGACCAGACCAUCCCCAGACCAGACCAUCCCCAGACCAGACCAUCCCCAGACCAUCCCCAGCCCAGACCAUCCCCAGACCAAACCAUCCCCAGACCAUCCCCAGCCCAGCCCAUCCCCAGCCCAGACCAUCCCCAGACCAGACCAUCCCCAGACCAUCCCCAGCCCAGACCAUCCCCAGACCAAACCAUCCCCAGACCAUCCCCAGCCCAGACCAUCCCCAGCCCAGACCAUCCCCAGACCAAACCAUCCCCAGACCAUCCCCAGACAUGACCAUCCCCAGACCAUCCCCAGACCAGACCAUCCCCAGACCAGACCAUCCCCAGCCCAGCCCAUCCCCAGCCCAAACCAUCCCCAGACCAGACCAUCCCCAGACCAGACCAUCCCCAGCCCAUCCCCAGCCCAGACCAUCCCCAGACCAGACCAUCCCCAGACCAGACCAUCCCCAGACCAUCCCCAGACCAGACCAUCCCCAAACCAGACCAUCCCCAGCCCAGCCCAUCCCCAGACCAUCCCCAGCCCAGCCCAUCCCCAGACCAUCCCCAGACCAUCCCCAGCCCAGACCAUCCCCAGCCCAGCCCAUCCCCAGCCCAGCCCAUCCCCAGACCAAACCAUCCCCAGACCAGACCAUCCCCAGACCAGACCAUCCCCAGCCCAGCCCAUCCCCAGACCAUCCCCAGACCAUCCCCAGCCCAGCCCAUCCCCAGCCCAUCCCCAGACCAUCCCCAGACCAGACCAUCCCCAGACCAUCCCCAGCCCAGACCAUCCCCAGCCCAGCCCAUCCCCAGCCCAGACCAUCCCCAGACCAAACCAUCCCCAGACCAUCCCCAGACCAGACCAUCCCCAGACCAUCCCCAGCCCAGCCCAUCCCCAGACCAAACCAUCCCCAGACCAGACCAUCCCCAGACCAAACCAUCCCCAGACCAUCCCCAGACCAGACCAUCCCCAGACCAUCCCCAGCCCAGCCCAUCCCCAGACCAAACCAUCCCCAGACCAUCCCCAGCCCAGCCCAUCCCCAGCCCAGACCAUCCCCAGCCCAGACCAUCCCCAGACCAGACCAUCCCCAGCCCAUCCCCAGACCAGACCUUCUCCAGACCAGACCAUCCCCAGCCCAGACCACACCCAGACCAGCCCAUCCCCAGCCCAGACCAUCCCCAGACCAGACCAUCCCCAGACCACCCCCAGACCAGACCAUCCCCAGCCCAGACCAUCCCCAGACCAGACCAUCCCCAGCCCAUCCCCAGACCAGACCAUCCCCAGACCAUCCCCAGCCCAGCCCAUCCCCAGACCAUCCCCAGCCCAUCCCCAGCCCAGACCAUCCCCAGACCAGACCAUCCCCAGACCACCCCCAGACCAGACCAUCCCCAGCCCAGACCACCCCCAGACCAGACCAUCUCCAGACCAGACCAGACCAUCCCCAGACCAGAACAGACCAUCCCCAGCCCAACCCAUCUCCAGCCCAUCCCAGACCAUCCUCUCCACUGUGGCCCUGCCCUCCAGUCCCCGGGUCAGCGGACACUCUGAUUACCCAGGAGACCUUGACACAGCGGGGCAAAGCUGA